AUGGGAGUGAAAGUCGACCGUCGGCAGCUACACCAUUUGCGCUUUCCUGAUGACAUCGUACUGAUAACACAUAGCAUCAGCCAAGCGGAAAGAAUGCUGACCGAAUUCGACGAAACAUGUGGAUGCAUCGGUCUUCGGCUGAAUCUAGACAAGACGAUGUUCAUGCGGAACGGAUGGGUUUCGGAUGCCCCAUUCACGCUCAACGGAACGAAUAUAUCCGAAUGCACCAGCUACGUUUAUCUGGGUCGGGAACUGAACAUGAUGAACGACCUGACCUCCGAGCUGGGCAGGAGGAGACGAGCGGCUUGGGGAGCGUACAAGAGCAUCGAGGAUGUAAUGAAGAAGACCUAUGCUUCGGAAGCCUGGGCAUUUCGCAAACAGGAAGAAAACGCGGUGAGCGUCAUUGAACGCGCAAUUGAGAGAGUGAUGCUAGGAGUAUCCCGCUUCACGCAAGUCAGGGACGGGAUUCGAAGUCCUCUCCUACGUUAG